ACUGUUCCACUGCAGCCACAGGCCUGAAGACUGUUUCACUGCAGCCACGGGCCUGAAGACUGUUUCACUGCAGCCACAGGCCUGAAGACUGUUUCACUGCAGCCACAGGCCUGAAGACUGUUCCACUGCAGCCACAGGCCUAAAGACUGUUUCACUGCAGCCACAGGCCUGAAGACUGUUUCACUGCAGCCACAGGCCUGAAGACUGUUUCACUGCAGCCACAGGCCUGAAGACUGUUUCACUGCAGCCACAGGCCUGAAGACUGUUUCACUGCAGCCACAGGCCUGAAGACUGUUUCACUGCAGCCACAGGCCUGAAGACUGUUUCACUGCAGCCACAGGCCUGAAGACUGUUUCACUGCAGCCACAGGCCUGAAGACUGUUUCACUGCAGCCACGGGCCUGAAGACUGUUUCACUGCAGCCACAGGCCUGAAGACUGUUUCACUGCAGCCACAGGCCUGACGACUGUUUCACUGCAGCCACAGGCCUGAAGACUGUUUCACUGCAGCCACAGGCCUGAAGACUGUUUCACUGCAGCCACAGGCCUGAAGACUGUUUCACUGCAGCCACAGGCCUGAACAACAGCCAGUCAUGACAUCAAGCAUAGGGGAUGAUUCUAGCAUCUUCGACGGGUCGAUGGAUGAAGAUGAGAAGGACAAAGCAAAACGUGUGUCGCGUAACAAGUCGGAGAAGAAGAGACGAGACCAGUUCAAUGUCCUCAUCAAGGAGCUGGGCACCAUGUUGCCUGGCAUCACACGCAAGAUGGACAAGUCCACCAUCCUGCAGAAGAGCAUCGACUUCCUGUGUAAACACAACGAGAUCUCUGCUCAGUCUGAGUCCAGUGAGAUCAGACAGGACUGGAAACCUCCGUUCCUUAGCAACGAGGAGUUCACCCAGCUCAUGCUGGAGGCUCUAGAUGGAUUCUUCAUAGCGAUAAUGACAGACGGGAACAUCAUCUAUGUCUCUGAGAGUGUCACCUCCUUACUGGAACACCUGCCGUCGGACCUGCAGGACCAGAACCUGUUAAACUUCCUCCCCCUGAAUGAACACUCGGAGGUGUACAAGGCUCUCUCCAAACACCCCUCCGACCCCGAGAGCCUAGGGCCAGAGUACCUCAAGACCAAGAACCAGCUGGAGUUUUGUUGCCACGUGUUGAGAGGAACUAUCGACCCUAAAGAACCUGCCGUCUACGAACGCGUCAAGUUCAUCGGCAACUUCAAGUCGCUGAACGACGUCCCCAACACCACCAGGAAUGGUUUAGCAGGAGUGUUACAGAGAUCCCUACAACCUGCCUUUGAUGACCUGGUCUGCUUCGUAGCCACCGUCAGGCUGGCUAAACCACAGUUCAUCAAGGUGACACACACCACACACCAUACACCACACACACACACACACACACACACACAAACAGUAGUGCUGAGCAAUUACUGCUUCUUGAGGUCGGUUCGGUUUCGGUUCGAUUAAUGAAAAAAUAAUCCUGGUUUUUCGAUUUCAAUAAUUUAUUUCUAAACAUUAAAUGCACUAUGCAUUAUGUGGGUUGAAAGCUGUAACAUCACAGAAGUCCCAUGAUGCUUAGUGACGUCCAUUACUGC